AUGGCGGGUCGAACGAACACCGCGCCGACGUUCGGCGAUCGCGCCGCGCCGUCGGGGUACGUCGCCGGCCUCGGACGCGGCGCGACCGGGUUCACGACCCGGUCGGACAUCGGCCCGGGCGCGCCCGCUCCGCCGCCCGAUGACGCGGGCGCGGGCCGCGGCGCCGGCCGCGGCGUCCCGAUGGGCGACACGCGAGGCGACGAGAGACAAGCCGUCUUCGACGAGCAGUUCGGCGGCGACGCGGGAAUCUUCGCGGGCGACGGCGGCGAGUACGACGAGGACGACAAAGAGGCGGACGCCAUCUGGGAGUCCAUCGACGAGCACAUGGACUCGAGACGCCGCGAUCAGCGCGAGGCGCGGCUCAAGGAGCAGCUCGCGAAGUACCGAAGAGACAACCCGAAGAUCUCGGAGCAAUUUCGAGAUCUGAAGCGCAAGCUGGACGACGUAUCGUACGAGGAGUGGGACGCGAUCCCGGAGAUCGGCGACUACACGAUCAAGAAGAAGAAGGACAUGAACCGCUUCGCACCCGCGCCGGACUCGCUGCUGCAGAAAGCGCUCGCGGAGAAGGAGCAGAGCGUCAGCGAGGUUGGGAGCGGCGGCGAGACCUCCGCGUUCGGCGGCGGCGGCGGCGGCGGCGGCGGCGGAGGCGGCGGCUCCGGUCUGAUGACCGACCUCAACGCCGUCGGCGAAGGCCGCGGGACCGUGCUCGGGCUCAAGCUCGAUCGGUUGUCCGACAGCGUCAGCGGUCAGACCGUCGUGGAUCCGAAAGGCUACCUCACGGACCUCGGCAGCAUGAAGAUCUCGUCGUCGACGGAGAUCUCAGACGUGAAGAAGGCGAGGCUGCUGCUCAAGUCCGUGAUCUCCACGAACCCUAAGCACGCGCCCGGGUGGAUCGCCGCGGCGAGGUUGGAAGAGCUCGCCGGGAAGCUUCAGGCGGCGCGGAGUUUCAUCCAGCGUGGGUGCGACGCGUGCCCGAAGAGCGAGGACGUGUGGAUCGAAGCCGCGCGUUUGAACACGCCGGAAAACGCGAAAGCCGUGCUCGCGCGCGGCGUCGCGUCGCUGCCGCAGAGCGUGAAGAUCUGGAUCGCGGCCGCGCAGUUGGAGACGGAGGACGAGAGGAAACGCCGCGUGUUACGCCGCGCGCUGGAGAACAUCCCAAACUCCGUGAGGCUGUGGAAAGCCGUCGUCGACUUGUCCAAAGAAGAAGACGCGAGAAUGCUCCUCGCCCGCGCGGUGGAAUGUUGCCCGCAGCACGUCGACCUGUGGCUCGCGCUCGCGCGCCUGGAGUCGUACGAGCAGUCGAGAAAGGUUUUGAACAAGGCGCGAGAGACGCUGCCGACGGAGCCCGCGAUCUGGAUCACCGCGGCGAAGUUGGAGGAGGCCAACGGGAACGCGAAGAGCGUUGGCAAAAUCCUCGAGCGCGCGGUGAAAUCGCUCGGCUCGCACGGCGUCUCCAUCGACCGCGAACACUGGCUCAAAGAGGCCGAAGCGUGCGAGAAACAGGACCCGCCCGCGACGGAGACGUGCAAACAGAUCGUCCGCGUCACGAUCGGCGUCGGGGUGGAGGACGAGGACCGAAAGCGGACGUGGAAAGCGGACGCGGAGGAGUGCAUCAAGCGACGGAGCUUCGAGACGGCGCGCGCGAUUUACGCGCACGCGACGGCGACUUUCCCGGCGAAGAAGGGGCUGUGGGUGCGCGCGGCGACGCUGGAGAAGACCGCGGGGGAUAUCGCGGCGAUGGACGAGGUGCUGAAGCGCGCGGUGCAGAGUUGCCCGCAGGCGGAGAUCUUGUGGCUGAUGGCGGCGAAAGAGCGGUGGCUCGCCGGGGACGUCGCGGGCGCGCGCGACAUCUUGGAAGAGGCGUUCGUCGCCAACUCGGAGAGCGAGGACAUCUGGCUCGCCGCGUUCAAGCUCGAGUUCGAGAACCGCGAGCCCGAACGCGCGCGCGCGCUGCUCGCGAAAGCGCGAGAGAAGGGCGGCGCGAGCGAGCGCGUGUGGAUGAAGAGCGCGGUCGUCGAGCGCGAAGUCGGCGACGUCGCCGCCGAGCGAAGGCUGCUGUCGGAGGGUCUGGAAAAGUUCCCGCAGUUUUGGAAGAUGUGGAUCAUGCUCGGGCAGCUCGAGGAGAAGGAGGGCGACGUCGACGCCGCGCGAAACGCGUACGCCAAGGGCACGCGACGAUGCCCCGACGCGAUCCCGCUGUGGUGCGCGGCCGCCGCGUUGGAGGCGUCGCCCGAUGGCGGCAACGCGCCGGCGAAGGCGCGAGCCGUCCUGGAGCAAGCGCGUCUGCGCAACCCGGCGAACGAGACGCUGUGGCUCACCGCGGCGCGGCAAGAGCGCGGUGGGAAACCGGUCGGCGUGGACCCCGAGAGCGACCGCGCGGCGGACGCGCUCAUGGCGAAGGCGUUGCAGGAGUGUCCCGCGUCCGGAAUGCUCUGGGCGGAGGCGGUGAGGAUGGCGCCGCGGCCGCAGCGGAAAUCGAAAUCCGUCGACGCGCUCAAGCGGUGCGACAACGACCCGGCGGUGAUCGCAUCGAUCGCGAACCUGUUUUGGCUCGACCGCAAGAUGGACAAAGCGCGCGGGUGGUUCAACCGCGCGGUGACGCUGAACCCCGACGUCGGCGACCACUGGGCCGCGUACUUUAAGUUUGAGACGCGGCACGGCGACGAAGACGCGGUGAACGCCGUCGUCAAGCGGUGCGCGGAGGCGGCGCCGAAGCACGGCGAGGCGUGGUGCCGCGUCGCGAAGCGCGUCGAGAACUGGCACGAGCCGGUGGACGCGCUGCUGAGGAAGUGCGCCAGGGAGGUGGACUUCGGCGAGUGA